AUGGAUUCAAGUCAAUCUCUUAUUGCUGAUUUCAAAGAGAGUAUGAUGAAGAGUUUUGAAAUGACUGACUUGGGUUUAUUGCAUUAUUUUCUUGGGUUGGAAGUGUAUCAAACAAGUGUUGGCAUUUUUAUUUCACAAAGAAAAUUUGCUAUUGAUCUCCCUAAGAAAUUUGGCAUGUCUGAUUGUAAAGCAACUACCACACCCAUGAAUAUGAAUGAAAAACUUCAAGUUGAAGAUGAUAUUGGGAAAGAAGAUACAAGUCGCCAUAGAAGUUUAGUGGGAGGUCUUAUUUAUCUCACUCGCACUAGACUAGAUAUAGCAUUUUCUAUUGGUAUAGUUUCCAGGUUCAUGCACUCUCCUACAAAGCAUCACUUGCUUGGCUACACGGAUAGUGACUGGGGAGUUUGUUUGGAUGAUCGAAGGAGCACUUCAGGAAAUGUUUUUUUCCUUAGGUUUGGGUUGUCUCAUAGAGUUCAAAGAUGCAAGAACCAACGGCUCUUUCCUCGUCAAAGGCAGAAUAUAUUGCUGCCACCUCCUUCGCAUGUCAAGCAAUAUGGUUACGAAGAUUACUUGCUGAUUUCGGUCAAGAACAGAAGGUUGCGAUAG